AUGGGGAUCACAAUUGUACAUGUAUCAUCGGGCUGUCAUGAGAACCAAAGUCUCUCUGAAAUGAAGCAGCUGCUCUUCAAACUGAUAGGCCUCCUUUUUAGUUACAUGUCAUGGGUUUUUGGUAUAACCCUAGCUAACAGCAGAUCCUGGUGCGUAUGGGAAUUUGACAGCAAGGUUGUUCACGUCGUAUUCACUGGACUUUGGGAAGCUUUUUAUUUUCAAAAUUUUAACAUCUCUGCUUCAAUAGUUGAUUUUCCAAUGCACAGCACUAUCAACAAAACCUGGGCCAUUUCGAGUGAAAUUAAGUAUGGGCGGGGCCUGAUAUUGUUGGCUAAUUUUAUGAAGUCAUCAGUCCUGAUUUUCAGCGCAACAGCCUUUUGGAUCAGCUGGAUCAAGGCCCCAUACCCAGAUUUUAUCCAGUCCUAUUACAACAUCUCUGCCUUCUUUCUUUUCCUUAGCUGUGUUUGUACAGCUGGUACAGUGACCUGGAAUUUCGCCGUGGAUUUUUAUGGCGAAACCACUCUUGACUUUCCACUUAGCUUUCCUGUUGAAAAAGAAAGCCUAACAAAGAAACACUUCAGCUAUGUGUUUCCACUAGGAAUCAUAACUGCCACCCUCUCACUAGUAAGUGCCAGCUUGUUCUGCUGUGAGGCACGUUUAACAAAACAGCUGAAUCAAGUGAAACCCAUGGCUGUGGCCAAAUGUUCAGAGGAAAACGUCUGA